AUGGCGUAUAGUUUUGAUCUUCGCCCGACAGUGAAUGAUCUCCAGGAGGACAACCGGUGGGUGAAUCUCGCCAGAUCCCACUGGCUGAAGUUGCCCAAAGCUCCGAAGGCAAAACCUGAAGUCAUAAAGAACGAUAUCUGGGAGGGUCUGGUAUCGGAGAAAUUUGCGCUUCGAUCUCUUCUGAUAUUAGAAAAUCUCCAUGUGCUGGAAAAGUUUCUAUGGCCAACAUACUCCGAAGACUCAUCCAAUUACCACGUCCUGCUAAUCGCUUUGAUCGCUGGAGUAAAGCAGAGGGAACACUUGCCAAUAUGGAAGCAUUUCACCGACAGGCCGACGGAUUUCUCAAACCUAUUCUGCCGUAUCCUUGCUAUGAAUCUCGAUACAACCUUACCAACAAACUCCAAGAUAUAUUUACUGUCGUUCGUAAUCAGCGCCUUCCAAUCGUUGGAGAAUGCGCUUAUUGUCAAGGAAUGUGCCCCCUUGGUGACAAUUGGCAUUUGGCACAACCUUCAUAAUGACGCUUCAAGGAACAAAUUACUCGAUCAAAUGGAAUCAUUGAAAAGGGGAUGGCGAAUGGCUGCGAAACGAUACGAGAAAGCCGAUGAUGCCGGAAAGGCAAGGCUUCGGUUCGAGCGUUCCUGGUUAUAUUCAAUGGUGCUUGAUUUCCUAAAUCGAAUCAACUUGAUUGAUAGCAGUGAUCUGGACAACGUGCGAUAUUGCGAAAGAUUCAUGGAAUUCCUCAUUGACCUGGACAGCCAGCUUCCCACAAGACGGUAUUUCAAUUCUGUCCUAAAGGAUCUCAACAUUCUCGCUGUCAUCCGCACGUCCAAGCUCUACAAUCAGGAAUCAAACGCACUCUUCCGCGAUUUUUAUACCCUUCUGAGGCACUUUAUCAAUUUUGCUGUAGACGAUCAGUCGGGUCACCACCAGCCUCCUCAAACAGUCUACGAUGUCCACUGUGGAGAGCUGGCUCACCUCCAGAGAACCGCCAUCAAACACUUCAAAGACAAGUUGACGAUCCUGGCGUUGUCGAACUAUGGUUCCAUCGAACAACGUUCUGAACUCGAGUCACAUUUGUCUUCCCUGACCGAUGAAGAAUUGAGAGCGCUUUGUUCUUAUCUUGGUUUUAGAACAACCUAUCCUAAGGAAGCUAAUAUUACACCGGAUCGCAAAUUAAUCCUCGAAAUCAUUCUCUCGGCUUUCGAGCGUCAUCGCUCAUUCCAAGAGUCCGCGUCGCAGCUGUCUGUCUUACCCACAGAAUCGAACCUUUAUGAUCCCGCUUUAAUCCGCAAUGAGUCCUACGACGGCUCUCGACCAUUAGCCAUCCCAAAGCUGAAUUUACAGUAUCUGAGCGUUGGCGAUUUUCUCUGGCGAUCUUUUCUGCUUUAUCGUUCGGAGUCCUUCUUUGAGAUCCGAAAGGACCUCGAAGCAGUAGUCAAACGGCUACAGCCACACCUCCAGAGAGACACUGCUACAGUCUCGUUUGGCGGGUUCUCUAAAAUGGCAAUUCCGAUCGCUAAGCCAGCUAUCAUCGAGGUUGCACCAGCAAAAGUCGGAUCAACCAAUCCUGCAUACGUUCGUGCUGAAAUUGGAUUGGACGUCAGUCGACUUGGGGAAAGUGUUAGGAGGGAAUGGGAUACUCUUCGGCCCGAUGAUGUUGUUUUCCUUCUCGCAAUCCAGCCCAAAAAAUCGAUAAAGAAGAUAUUUAGUAAUGGGCAGGAUCCAAAGAACGAAGUAAGUUUAUUACAUGUAAGAACGGCAGAAGUUGUACAGGUCCUCGAUGAGAACGGACGAUACUUGCGGGAGCCUCAAAGUGAUGGAACAAACGGAUAUCGACCACGACCGCGGAUGCGAAGGCUACUUGUAAACCUCGAUGCCGGAUCAUACAAGGCCGACAUGGAGAGCCUGGCAAAAGGGAAAUCGGACGUGUACACCUUCAUCAAUGUGAUUGUUAGGCGGAAGGCUAGAGAAAAUAAUUUCAAGCCAAUUCUUGAAACUAUGCGGAGCCUGACAGUUGCAGAUACAAAUCUUCCAUCAUGGCUACAGGAUGUUUUCCUAGGCUACGGAAAUCCAGCGGGCGCCAGAUACACAGAACUCAGCAAUAAGGUGAAAUCUGUCGAUUUUCGUGAUACUUUCUUGAACUGGGAGCAUCUUGUCGAAAGCUUCCCUGGACGGAGGAUUGAGCCAGCUGGUAACAAAUCUUCUAGCUUUGACCCACCCUAUGUUUUGGAAAUGUUUGAAGAUACCCCGAAAGCGACCACAUUGAACCCAUCAAAGAAGCGACGUCGAGAUCAGGUCGAAGUGACCGAGAACGCCUCGAAUUCGAUACGAGUUUCCUCAUAUCGGCCACCUAACCCCGGGCCCUACCCGGUUGAUGCGCCGAAACUGAACAAAAUACGAUUUACGCCGGCCCAAGUCGAAGCUGUUGUGUCUGGUACUCAGCCUGGCUUGACGAUUAUCGUCGGCCCUCCAGGAACAGGCAAGACGGACGUUUCAACUCAGAUCAUUAGCAACAUUUACCACAACUUUCCCUACGAGCGCACAUUGCUUAUCGCCCAUAGUAACCAGGCGCUAAAUCAACUUUUCCAAAAGAUUAUGGCCUUGGAUAUCGAUCAACGGCAUCUCUUACGGCUUGGUCGCGGAGAGGAGGAGUUAGAUACUGAGGCCAGUUAUAGCAAAUACGGCAGAGUGGAUACCUUCCUUGAGAAUCGGGCCACGUACCUUGCCGAAGUGGAUCGUCUCGCUGUUUCGAUCGGUGCGGAGGGUGCUCAUGGCAACUCGUGUGAAACCGCAGGCUAUUUCAAUACUGUGUAUAUUAAGCCAGCGUGGACUAAAUACUGGGACAAAGUUAGUUCCGAAGACUGUCCCCGCGAAACCAUUGUCGAUGCUUUCCCUUUCCAUUCCUUCUUCUCAAAUACCCCCAAACCCCUUUUCGACCCGAAUGCAUCCAAGGAAGAGGUGCUUGAUGUCAUUUACGGAUGUCAAAGGCAUCUGAAUAAAUUAUUUUCUGAGCUUGAAGACAUUCGUCCGUUUGAAAUACUGCGACUGCAACGUGAUAAAGCCAAUUACCUUCUGGUGAAAGAAGCACGAAUCAUCGCCAUGACAUCGACACAUGCCGCGAUGAGAAGGCAGGAGAUAGCCAGCCUCGGAUUUCACUAUGACAACGUCGUAAUGGAGGAGGCUGCCCAGGUCACUGAGAUCGAAAGUUUUAUACUUUGUGCGCUUCAAAAUACCAAGAACGGUGAACUGCCAUUGCAGCGUGUGGUGCUUUGCGGCGACCAUCUCCAAAACUCCCCUAUUAUCCAAAACAUGGCUUUCCGUCAGUAUGCCAACUUCGAGCAAACUCUUUUCUCACGCCUUGUAAGACUGGGCGUACCGACGAUAAAUCUUGAUCAACAGGGUCGAUCACGUCCGUCAAUUGCAGAGCUAUUCAAAUGGCGUUACGAGCGGUUAGGAAAUCUGCCAUCCGUGGAGGAGAAUGAGGAGUUUAAACUUGCCAAUCCCGGCUUCAAAUUUGAUUACCAGUUCGUCAAUGUUUCAGACUAUCAAGGAGUUGGUGAAAGGGAGCCUUCUCCCCAUUUCAUUCAAAAUCUUGGCGAGGCGGAGUACACGGUGGCUCUAUACCAGUAUAUGCGUCUACUAGGCUACCCUGCGUCGAAGAUAUCGAUCUUAACAACAUAUGCGGGACAAAGGGCAUUGAUAAGGGAUGUCCUGAGCCAUAGAUGUGCCAAGAACUCCCUAUUCGGCUUGCCCAAAAUUGUGACGACGGUGGAUAAAUAUCAAGGAGAGCAGAAUGACUACGUUCUCCUCUCCCUCACCCGCACACGGACAGUUGGCUACCUCCGCGAUGUCCGUCGUCUCACUGUUGCGCUCUCCCGAGCGCGACUAGGACUCUACAUCCUCGGCCGCCGCGAGGUGUUUGAAUCGUGCUUCGAGCUCAAACCGGCUUUUGACAUUCUUUUCGAGCGGCCCGAUAAGCUCAUACUUGUCCCCGGCGAGCUCUUUCCAACUUCCAGACCCCUUGAGGAUGACGUUACAGGCACCCCUAUGGAGGGCAUCGAGCAUUUGGGCCAGUACGUUUAUGAAAUGACGCAGGCGAAGAUCAAGACUUUAAUUGAGGAGGGGAGGGCGACAACUGCUCUCAUGGACGCUGGUGAGAUUAUGGUUACUCUUGAUGAAGAGGAGGAUGAGGAUGAGGAGCGUGAUUUGCAGCCAGAGAGUAUUCUGGAUUGA